UAACUUCUUUAAAUUUAAUCACAUUUGUUAUUCAGAUCUUUGUCAUGUAUCAACGUGAUAAUAUUAUAUACUAAUAAUGUCAAUAUCCCAGGCUGAUGAAAUGUCCGGGUCCGGUGAGCUGCGGCCCAGUCAGCAAUGCCUACAACCUCUCGAGUUUGAAGAUUGUUUGACUGACAGCCCAGCGUUUAGAGAAAAUUUGAAAAGUCAUGAGAAAGAAAUCGAAAGUUGUUCUGGCGUCUUAAAGCAACUUCAAAAUGAAAUGAAAAAGCUGUUGCAGAUUGAGGAGGAACUUUCCAAAUGCCACAAACAGUUUUCGAAUACUAUAAGCAACAUUUCUUUUAAACCAAUCGGUUCUCAAACGGAAGAUGACAUAGAAACAGAGAAUGCUUUCCGAAAGUUUGGGGAAGUUAUGGACGAAAUAGAAGACCAAAGGGAUAGGUUCAUAAGUAUAAAGAACAACUGUGCAAUGAAACGCCUGGAUCGAUUUAGGAAAAACGAUAUUGGGAGGUGUAAAGAGGCCAAACGAAAGUUUCAUAGCCAGACUGAAAAAUCUUGUGCCAGUUUAGAGAAGUCGCUGGGUGCAAAGAAAAACACUAAAGGAAUUGAUGAUCUUGAUAUCAAUUGCAAAGAAGAAAGAGAGAAUUUGUUUAAGAACUCUUUAUACUAUGUUGAUUCAUUGCAUGAAGUUCAAGAACUGAAGAGAAUAGAAGUUUGUGAGGCACUACUGCAGAUCAUGUUUGCAUGGAAAACCUUCUAUCACACUGGUUACGAGGCUUUUAACGAGUUUGAAUCUUAUUCACAAGACCUCUCCCUGCGGCUGCAGAAUCUAAGGGAUACCUUCGACCAUGAGAAAGAAGAAGCUGACAAGUUAAAAGAAAGAGUAUCUAAAAAGCUGACUACUGGAAGCACUUCGUCAUCUCCUGACACAAGACAGGGUUACUUGUACUCUAAAGAGAAACUUGCUGUUGGUUUUGGUCACUCUUGGCUCAAGUACUUCUGUGAGUAUUCACGGAAGCACAAGACUUUGACCUUGAGAACGUAUAAUCAACCACAAGGACGAGUGGGGAACACAGACCAGAUCAAUGUUACUAAUGUUGUGAAGAAACGUACCGAUGAUAUUCCAAGAAGAUUCUGCUUUGAAGUGACUUCAGCUGAUGGAAAAGUUUGGGUACUUCAGUCUCUAUCGGAAGAGGAUUUGAAGAAUUGGAUGGAAAUAAUGGAGGGCAAAGAAGCAACGUUCGCUGAGCCAAUGCAAGCUGCCAAGUUAAGAGUUCCUCACGAAGUUGGAAUGGACUUUGUCAUCAAGUGUAUUGAUAGGCUGACAGCUCUGGGGCUCAACGAGCAGGGUAUAUAUCGUGUAAGCGGGGCUCAAACAAAGAUGACAAAACUUAUCGCAAACACUUUUGAGGACAAGAAUGUAGAUGCUGUGUUGGAAACGGACGACGUUAAAGUCAUUGCAUCUGCUCUGAAAUAUUACUUCCGUGAAAUCCUUCCCGAACCUCUGUUGACCUUCAGCCUCCACGCAGACUUUCUUGAGGCAAUGAAAACAGAAAAUCGAGAACAAAAAAUCACAAACCUCUCGAAUGUUGUGACUCGGCUCCCCAAGAUGAACUAUGAGUGUCUGAAACUACUAAUCAAACAUCUCUACGACGUAGCUGCUUUUAAAGACGAAAAUCUGAUGCAAGAAAGUAAUUUGGGAGUCGUGUUCGGGCCCACUUUGAUGAGACCUAAGGAAGAAACUGUUGCUAGUAUUUUUAAUAUAAAGCAUCAGAACAUUCUCAUAGAAAACUUGAUAAUCGAGUAUGAUGCCAUCUUUGAAGGUGGAAAGAUGAACGAGAAGUACCAAACACUUGUUAAUUCCCGUAACUCUAGCAGGUUGCAUCGCCGCCCCAAAAAGGAUAAGAUCGCACCUCGACCUCCCAGUCAGUUGUCCACAGUGGAAACAGACCGUACUCAAAAUCCAUUCGGCUCGUCUGAUGAAGAGUCUCCUAGUCCAGAGUUUAACAGAUACAAAAACAUCAGUAGCCACUCCUCUCCGCACCUGUAUGCUAAUAGUCCCAGAAAUUCUAUAUACGGCAAUACAACGUCCUCACAGCGAAUGGCUAAUCCAUCUCCAGUGCUCAACAGAUGGCCUCCUGACAAAUCUUACCAGCCUUCAACUCCUCCCCAAAAACCUGCCAAGACUCUGACAAGAAGCAAUUUGGGGCUGGGUCGGACUGCAGAAGCUUUGUACGACUGUGAUGCUGAAAAUUCAGACGAGCUUUCCUUCGCAGCUGGUGAUAUUGUAACCAAUCUGGAGGAUGCAGAAGAAGAUGGUUGGUGUACGGGCUCCUGUCGGGGACACCGAGGCCUUGUUCCGAUGAACUUUUUAAAGGAACGCAAUGUAUCGAACAUUAGCUAUGCUUCUAUCGCUUUCGGACUACCGAUCUACUCAAUGACAAGUUUAGCCAGUGCGCCACGUUUUGUACUAAUAUGGACAUAUCUCAGGUUGUCAAUGGAACAGAAGCAUGUAAGUGAAGCACUUAAAGAAAAGAAACUCGCUGAAGGAGCUCUCAAAACAUCUUUUUUCGGAAACUGGAAAGCAGACAACGACACAGCCGCUCACCACUACGAAAAGGCGGGCCAGUUUUUCAAGCUUGGUAAAUCUUGGGCUGAAAGUAGAUCAUGUUACAUUGAAGCAGCAACAUAUUACGAUAGAGCGCGGGUGCUGUUUAGUGCUGGCAAGUGCCACGAAGCAGCUGGUAGUUGUUCGAAGGAGUUAGGUCGUUUUGAUGAAGCACACCAGCACAUUGAGCGUGCAGGCGACUUCUAUACCCAGAACGGGACUGCUUCCACGGCAAUAACUUGCUAUGUUAAGGGUGCUGAGGCACUUGAUCUCAAACUUCCUGAGCAAGCAGCUGCACUUUAUCUCAGGGCUGGAGAGUUAGAAAAAGAUAACGAUCACACCCGGGAGGCUAUCAAAUGUUACUCGGGUGCUAAGAAAAUAUUCGCUCGCACCAAAAUGUACAAGGAAUGUAUCAGUGCUGUGCAAUACACUCGCGAGCUGUACGAGCAGCUAGAAUCGUACGAGCACAUAGAGAAAUGUAACAUGAGUCUUGUUAUAUUACAUUUAGCGAGGGGGGAUUCAGUGGCUGCUAAACAGUCUAUAUCCGGGGAUGUAUCCCUCGUGGCUGAUCAGCUUAUUGAUGCAGUUGAAAAUGGGGACGAUGAGACGAUAAAUAAACUGAAGUCUCACGGAGACAUUGUAUAUUUAGACACUGAAAUAGCUAAAAUAGCCAAGUUUUUAACUCAGGAUGGAGCUGUCAAUGUGCCUUCUUCUCAGCGAUCUAAACCUUCAAACACAACCACCACAUCUUCUAUCUUCCAAUCAGCUGGAAAGAAAUCAAAUUCUCAGAAAGAGGAACUGUUUGCUCGACCAAACAGAACAAACAGAGACGAGCUGUUUGCCAGGACUAAACCGUCAGGAGAUAGCGAGAAGAGCGAGUUGUUUAGUCGUCCAGCACCAGUCACUCAACCAGCAACACCUGUGUACCAGUCAGCUCCUGUCGCCAGCAAUUUAGGGGACAAUUCUAAUCCAUUCGGAGAAGACGGCGCUAACCCUUCUGGAGAUAAUCAGGGUGAAUCACCGGACCAAACAUCGGACUCUAAUCCAAUCGUAGAGGCUGAUAACAAUAACCCAUUUGAGGAGGAUGAUGAAGAGGACUUGUGUUGAAUAUCACAUCAUGUCACGUGUUCGUCUUUAUUUGGACUUUUCUAGCUGGUCUAGAACAGUCGUCAAUGUGUUACACUUCAUUUGAUGGUAAUUUAUGU